AUGGCAGCGUAUCCGAUGCACAACUAUUUCAGACCGUCGACGCUGACCAUCGAUACCCAUACGCAGAAUUACUUUGAGGAGGACGAAGGAAGCAUCUUGGACGAGAACAUCCUGGACCAGAACGCCUUGGACUCCGGGCUGGAGAUGUCUCCACCCAUGGACGGCAGCCGGCGGCAAUCCUUUGCAGUCUCCUCAUCAUUAUUCUCACCGAAGACUGAUGAAUGGCAGCAUGUCGACAUGCAGCAGCAACAGAAUCAACAUCCUCAACAGCCUAUGGGCUCCAACAAUCCCUUUGUGGAGCAGAACAACAACAAUAACAACAACAACAACAACCCUUUCAUGCAGCGUGUGGAGUCGCAACAAUCGUACGGGCACACAACUCACGCAUGGUCGAUGGGUAACGCAUCUGCUAUGAGCACUCCGAUGCAAGGGCACGAUGGACUUCCCCACGAAUUCGAUAUCCCCGUCUUCCAAAGACCGAUGCAAACGCCCUUCACCAACACCGGAAACCAGCAAUUACCCAUCUUCUCGUCUGGAAGCACGAGCAACAGCUCCAUCCCAACCUCACCGCAAAAGGACUGGGCUGUCUCAGAUGCUUUGGAACACCGGUCGAUGCCAAAGAGAAUGCGUCCCCACAGCCCAACUCUCCGAUCGCAUCCUGAUAUGUCGAGAAGGGGUGACGGGAUCCGCAAGAAGAACGCCCGGUUUGACAUUCCCGCGGAGCGCAACCUCAACAACAUCGACCAGCUUAUUGCGCAAUCCAACGACGAGCAAGAGAUCAAGGAGCUGAAGCAACAGAAACGACUGUUGAGAAAUCGUCAAGCAGCUCUGGAUUCUCGACAACGGAAAAAGCAACAUACUGAGCGCCUUGAGGAUGAGAAGAAGUUCUUCACGAAUCAGAUCGCUGAUCUCGAGGAAGACCUGUCCCAAGCGAACGUUGCUCUGGACGAGUACAUCCGCAAGGAACAACAGUACGAGCAGUACAUCCAGGCCAUGCAGCAGGAGAAGGAAGAGAUCGUACGCAACUACACCAUCGAGACUGGAGACCUUCGGAAAAAGGUCAGUGUUCUUACCGAACAUAUCCAACGGUUAGAGAGUGCCCCGAUAGCUCCUCUGCCCGCUCCCACUGCCUUCUCCUCCGACUUUGCCGACAUCGACAGCCUCACGAUGGACGGCGCGUGGGACAACAUCUCCUUCCUCAACGACUUCGCUCCCGAGCCGGAGGUCAAGGUCGAAACCUCCAUCGUCCCCGUCAAGAAGGCCGAGAACUCUCUCCUGAGCGAGCCCGAGAAGCCCGCGGCUCAAGGCCUGCUGCUGAUGCUCCUCCUCGUCGGUGCUUUCGUGGCUUCGAAAGGCUCCUCCCCGGCCAUCCCCAAGAUGUCAGACGAUGUCCAAGCUGCUUCAUCUGCUCUCCUCGAGGACAUCUUCAAGGAUGCUGGGGUGAACUCUGCAUCGUCCAUCUCCGACGCGAUCGCCCCUCUCCCAUCCGGAUCCUCCUGGUCCCCGACUCCCAUGCCCUCGAUGGGCGGCAGCGACAUGAACGGCGUCGCGCACUCCACCCUCGGCGAUCUCGCCAACAGCCUCUCUCAACCGACCGAAGACCAGAACAACGAGCAACUGUUCUCCCUCUCGGCAGCCCAGUACAACGGCCUCACCAACCAAGACUUCCUCAACUCCGCCCCUCAACCAUCCACGUCGCAGGGCCGGCGCAAUCUGGGCGAGACCCUCGCGGCGAUGCGUCUCAACAGCAAGAAAUCCGCCGCCGAGGUCUACACCCGGUCGCUCCUCUGGGAUCAGGUGCCCAGCGAAGUCGUCCGCAACUUUGCCAAGAUGGUCUCGGAUUGCAAUUCGCCUAGUCGGAAUCCCGAGGAAUGCGCUAUAGCAGGCUGA